UUUAAUUUAUUGUAAUAAAGAUGCCUAGUGCGUGCUGUGUUCCUAAUUGUAAAAGUAAUUACACGAAAAAUAGCCCCAAUAUUUCAGUACUUUCGUUUCCAAGAGAUGAAAACACUAGAAGAGCAUGGAUCUCUGCAAUAAAGCGGGACAAUUUCGUGCCAACUAAAUAUAGUAAGGUCUGUGCUAAACAUUUUCCAGAAAAUCAGUUUUUAACUGUUAGAGAAGCGUUUAAUACCAGUACAGGAGAACUUAUUCAAGUACCAAUGGAGUAUAAAAGGUAAGUUUUUUUUAGAAAUAUGUAAUAAUUAUCA